AUUAAAACUCUGUUGUUGUUGUUGUUUUAGUAGGAGCAGUAAUCAAUGUUGAAGAAGUAGAAAUGAGAAUGCUAAAAUUAAAAUUACCUUAUGACAAAAAGCAAAUCAAAAAGCUCACUAUUGACAGAGACAGACUAUGUAAAAUAUCCAUGACUUGCAUACUUUCAACCAACCAAAAAAAAAAAAAAAAAAAAAAACUGCUACCACUUUUAUUUUUAUUUUUUUAAAAAUUAUUUUUAUAUUUUAUUUUUUCAAGGCUAUGGUUUUAUAGGAAUGAGAGAGAGACAGAAGAGAGUGAGAGUGAAAGCAAGAAAAAUGUGAAGUGAAGAUAACAAGCUCCAUUAAACCAAAAACCAGGGCAAUUUCUAACUACUUCUUGUUUAUGUCUUCUUCAUUCUUUUAAUUAUUUUGUGAGAAACAACAUUUGCAAAAAUUUUGGAAUUUUUUGAUAAAGGGGACAAAAUAUGAGCAAAAUUGUUAUUAUUUUAUUGUUUGCUUUUCUCCAACAUCAAAAUUCAUACAUUGAAGCAAGAAAAAUUUCCCCUGUUUCAUCUCCCCUGUUUUCACCUCUAAGUUCUCCAAUUUCACCUUCAUUGGCGGAAUUUUCUCCAGGAAUUGACGUGGGUGGUGGAAACACAAAAAUGAAUACAAAUACUAGACUGAAAGUAGCCCUAAUUGUUGCUAGUGCUUCAGUUGGUGUGGUUAUGUUAUCUUUGUUUUGUUUGUGGAUUUUUUAUAAGAGGAAUUAUGGCAAUAAACCCAGAAAGAAGCAUGACAGAAAAUCAGAUUUUGUCAAUCGAUUUUCGUUCAAUCAAUCAAUGGGUAGCUUGAAUUCAUUGAAAAUGAGUAGCAAAUUAGGAGGGUGUGUCUCUAACAUGGACUAUAAGAUGCUAGAGGCUGCCACCGGCAAUUUCGACGAAAAUAAUGUAUUGGGUGUGGGUGGUUUUGGAUGUGUGUAUAAAGCUAAGCUUGAUGGUGAUUGUUAUGUUGCUGUGAAGAAAAUCAAUGUGGGUGUUCAAGAAGCCGAAAAGGAAUUCGAGAAUGAGAUUGCGUUGUUAAGUAAAAUUCGGCAUCAGAAUAUCAUAACUCUUUUGGGCUGUUGCAUACAUGGUGAUACAAGAUUUCUUGUGUAUGAACUUAUGGAAAAUGGAUCCCUAGAAACUCAGUUGCACGGUGUUUCUCGAGGAUCUGCUUUAACUUGGCAUAUCCGAAUGAAGAUUGCUCUUGAUAUUGCAAGAGGGCUAGAAUAUCUACAUGAGCACUGUAACCCUCCAGUCAUUCAUAGAGAUCUGAAAUCAUCUAAUAUCCUUCUGGAUGCCGGGCUUAAUGCCAAGCUUUCGGAUUUUGGUUUCGCCAUCACCAAUGGACCUCAUAUCAAGAACAAUAUCAAGCUCUCAGGCACCUUAGGGUAUGUGGCACCUGAGUACCUUUUAGAUGGUAAAUUGACUGAUAAAAGUGAUGUUUAUGCAUUUGGAGUGGUGCUUUUAGAGCUUCUCCUUGGGAGAAAGCCUGUAGAAAAACUUUCACCGUCUCAAUGCCAAUCCAUUGUGACAUGGGCCAUGCCUCAAUUGACUGACAGAUCAAAGCUUCCAAACAUCGUGGAUCCCGUUAUCAGAGACACCAUGGAUCCUAAGCAUUUGUACCAAGUGGCUGCUGUGGCUGUCUUAUGCGUGCAGCCAGAACCAAGUUACCGCCCAUUGAUUAUCGAUGUUAUGCAUUCACUUGUUCCGCUUGUUCCAGCUGAACUUGGAGGUACUCUAAGAAUUAACCAGCGCACUAAUACAAGGGCCUCUGAAACAUGUAUGGAGCAGCAGACAGCUUAGGAGGUUAAAAAACUUCUACAUUUGCCUCACAAUUUUGAACUGCGCUAUUGUCAGACCUCUCCUGCUUAUAUUCCUACAUCAUCAAGUUUUUCUCCUUCUCUUCGUUUCGUUUGAGUUACCCGACAUCUCUCUUUUUAUCUAAGUCAUUGUUAAAUUCAGAUUUUGUAAAUUGACACACAUAUAAAGAUGAAUCUGUUGCAUCUGUGAAUAGAAAAAUGCAGUAUAUUAUACAUGUUCUGCUCAUGUAAUUACUUAGUUGGCCUACAUCUUGAAAUUCAUAGAUUGUAUCUUCAUACACUUUAAAUUAACCCAACUCAAUAAAGGCGGAUCCAAACCUUAAAUGUA